CAGGAAGUUUUAUUCUAGAUGUCCUGAACCAGAGCAACAAUUCCAGGGUGACUUCUAGGGCCAUCUGUUUCCCCGCCCUACAAAAGCGCCAGAGACUCCACUAGACACGAGGUUGGAGUCCGAGAAAUGGGCCCGCAAGGUUGGCUGGCACUGAUUCUCAUGAUUCCCUUGCAGAUCACGGCCAGAUCUGAGCGACCACCGCGGUCACACUCUCUGCGCUACCUCUUCAUGGGUGUGUCUGAGCGAAACCUUGGGCUGCCACUAUUUGAAGCCUUAGGUUAUGUAGACGACAAUUUGUUUGUAGCCUACAAUCAUGAGAAUCGUCGUGCAGAACCCCGUGCCCAGUGGGUCACCAGUGGGGACACCAGCCAGCUAUGGCUACAGCUGAGUCAAAGUCUGAAAGGGUGGGAUCAAAUGUUCAUCGUUGACUUCUGGACCAUCAUAGACAACUAUAAUCAUAGCAAAGUGACGAAGCUGGGAUUGUUGCCAGAAUCCCACACCCUGCAGGUGAUCCUGGGCUGUGAAAUUCGAGAGGAUAACACUACCAGAGGGUUUUGGAAGUAUGGAUAUGAUGGGCUGGACCAUCUAGAAUUCUGUCCUGACACACUGAAUUGGAGAGCAGCCAACUCCAGAGCCCAGGCCACAAAGCUGGAGUGGGAAUUGAUCAAGAUCCGGGCAAAGCAAAACAAAGACUACCUGGAAAGAGAAUGUCCUCAGCAGCUACAGCACCUGCUGGACUUGGGGAGAGGGGUUCUGGACCAACAAGUGCCUCCCUUGGUGAAAUUGACUCGUCAUGUGAUCCCUACCAUGACCACUCUACAGUGUCGGGCUCUGAACUUCUACCCCCAGAACAUCACCAUGAGGUGGUGGAAGGACAGGCGGUUGCUGGGUGCCCAGGAUGGAGAUUGUAAAGAAGUGCUGCCCAAUGGGGAUGGGACCUACCAGUGCUGGGUAACUUUGGCUGUGCCCUCUGGGGAAGAUCAGAGAUAUACCUGCCAGGUGGACCACCCAGGCCUGGAUCAGCCCUUAGCUGUCACUUGGGAGCCCUCACCACCUAGUACCCUGAUUACUGGAAUCAUCAGUGCAACUGUUGUUUGUGUCCUUCUCUUCCUCAUUGGGAUUGUGUUUCGAAUCUCAAGGAAAAGGCAGGAUUCAAGAGGAACUAUGGGAGACUAUGUUUUAGCAGAACGUGAAUGAAAUGCAAGUAAAAUUAAGAACCCUUCUUUGGAGGAGACAUGCACUCAAAGCGGGUAUCUUCAUGGUAUUCAUGUCUCAGGACAGAGUUGGACUUAACAAAUAGAAACCCUAAAUGAAACUUCAGGUCCUAAUCUUGCUUAUUUACUCUUAAAAAUAUUUUUUUCUUUUUUUCUUUUGUUUGUUUGUUAAGGCACCCCUAUGGGGAUCUCUCCACAGAAAUGAACUUACUAUCAACAAUAUCUCAAACUCUGUAUACCUACUAAUCUCACACCCCUCUGGAAUAAGACUCCUUAAAUUUGAAUGUCUUAUGAUUCCUUUCAAUAUCUCAGAAAAGCUCUGAACCUUCUCAAUUUAUACACUAUCAAUUCCUUACCAGAAUGUCACACACACUCAGGCAUUCCUGGGCCCACUCAAGUUUUCCUUUUAUCUUCUCUCUCUACUGUUUAAUAAUUGCCUGGCUCAAUGAUCUCUUUCCUUGGAAGUUAUCUGGGUCACUGGACAGCUAUUAAGGUUAUACAUUGCAUAAUCUGAGGUACCACCUUUUCUUGAAGAAGCUUCAUUAACGUUUACAUGCAUGAGGAUCUUUUUCCUGAAAGUAGACAAGGAGUGUCUUGGGGAGGGGUGUCCAAUUUGUCCAAAGAUUUCAUGUGAGUUUUCUCAAACUAAUGAUGCCUGCAUUUAUAAUAGUCUCUCUGUAUGCUAGAUUUCAAGGACUUUUCAACUUAGUUUUUCUUGACUCUAUAGUCCUGUUUUGAUAAAUAAAAAUGAUGAAUAUA